AUGAGAUCCCCAAGAUCCCCAACACCCAAAAGUACUACUAUAAUCUGGAAUGAAGCAGAACUAAGAUCAUUCAUCAAUCUCAUGGUUGAUAAUGUCCGAAACGGAUUGAAGACAAACUCAACAUUCACAAAGGUUGGUUGGGACAACAUUACAAAAGGGCUUGAAGCCGAAUUCAAAAGGCCCUUUGCGAAAGUACAACUGCGUAACAAGAUGAAUAAGUUAUGCAAGGAGUACAACAACUUCAGGGCUUUGUUAGAAACAACUGGUUUCGGAUGGGAUGCGAAUGCUCGGACUGCCACAGCUGAUGAUUCAGUAUGGGAAUCUGCUAUUCAGGAUUGGACAAAGUAUAGAAGAAAUGGUCUCCCCUUGUGGCCAGAGUUGUUAGAGAUCUUCUCCGACUCUAGUGCCCGUGGGGAUAGAGGUCUGUCACAGGCAACAGUUGUAACUCCAAUGUCAACUAACCUUGAAAUUGAUGAUGAUUUACAUGACACUGAUAAUGAUGACAGUGAUGCUUGUACUGGGACACCCAAGGGGUCAGCUCCUCUGAAGCGGCGACUUGAUAGGACUCUUACGGAUCGAUGGAAAAAGGGAUCAACCUCUGCCACUUCAGUAGUUACCCGACCACCUGACCCUAUUGUUGAUGGACCAUAUAGCAUGAUGAGCUGUCAGAAGCUCCUGGACAGUUUGGAGGAUAUCCCGACGGAUUUGUAUGUGUUGGCGCAGCGUAAGAUACACAGUGACCCUGGAUGGCGGAUGUCAAAUCAAUUUCCAACUGACAUCACAGGGUCAUCGUCAGACGAUGAUGACAUGGUUAUAGUACACCAAUUCCAAAACAUGCUCAGUAUGUAUAGCAUGAGAGAACCUCUGAAUGAUAGUAGUUACACAGGACCUGUUAGGGUAGCUGAGGUUCUUGCAGGUCAUGCUGACACGAUUAGUGCUGUUUUCCACACGGUGUUGCAAGCAAUGCUAAAUUUGUCGCUAGAGACGAUUAGACCACCAAAUUUUGAUGUGGUACCUUCAGAGAUAACCAACAAUCCAAAGUACUAUCCAUAUUUCAAGGAUUGCAUUGGUGCUAUUGAUGGCACCCAUAUAAGUGCCAUCGUACGUCAAUCGGAAGAGACACGUUAUCGUAAUCGAAAAGGUAUGAUCACACAGAAUGUUAUGUGUGCAUGUUCAUUCGACAUGCGAUUCACAUUUAUGUAUGCGGGUUGGGAGGGUAGUGCACAUGAUGUAAGGGUAUUGGAUGCAGCAAGAACCAAUGAUAACUUAGGGUUUCCUCAUCCCCCAUCAGGCUACGCCAGUCAACUGGGGUACUUGGUGCCAUUCCGAGGACAACGGUAUCACUUGCAAGAUUAUGGUGAAGGUAGGCCUGGACCAAGGACAGCUAAGGAAUUGUUCAAUCACAGACAUUCGUCACUGCGGAAUGUUAUUGAGAGAACAUUCGGUGUAUUGAAAAAUAGAUUCCACAUAUUAAAAAGUAUGAAGGCGUACGAUAUUGAAGAUCAGUCAAGAAUCGUGGUCACUUGUUGUGGGAUCCACAAUUACAUUAAGGAACAAGCUAUUCAAGAUCAGUUGUUCAAUGAGCUUGGAAGUGAACAAUAA